UCUAGCGACACCCAGCGGCUAUGAGUCCCACAUCCCGGUUCUUUCUCUAUGGCGUCCUUUUACAAUUUUUUUCAUGACGGGGAUUUCCUGAGGAAGUCAGACCAGGGGCUUUCCAGUUUACGAGUGAAGAUAUCAACAGCACCCUUGCCACAGUGGCGGCUUCUCUACCUUUUCGUGCACCUCAACCGAGCCCAUUUCAGAACAUUCCGAUGUCAAAAUGACCCGAUUUGAUCCGACGGCCGUUGUAGCCUGUUUGAGAAGCGAGGACGCAGCCGUGGCCGCGUAAAUUUGGACGUUGUUGUCUCGGUGUGUGUCUGUCUGUCAUAUGAGUGGACCAUCCGUGGCUCCAUUCGUGAAAUUCUUCAGAGAAACACGGUUGGAACAUCGGACGACAUCGCUGACCAACUGAUUCAUGUCAUGUCCGCAGGGCGUAAUGUGGAACAGCAGAUUCCCCUGCAGCAGCGUCCUCCAUCUCUUGCCAUGCCCUCCAUGGCCCAGCGGCCCAGGCCCGAGCCAGGCUUCUCUCCCCUGCACGGCGGUUUCCGGGACCACUUUGUCACGACGCCUGAGCCCAAGUAUUGCUGUGAGACCUGCAGGCUAGUGCUCUGUAACCCACGCCAGACUGAGUGUGGACAUCGCUUCUGUGAAAGCUGCAUCAAUGAACUGCUCAGUAAGCCUAACCCAGUGUGUCCAGCUGAUCUACUACCACUUUUUGAAGAUAAGAUAUUCCGGGAUGUUUGCUGCAAUAGGGAAAUCAUGGCUCUUAAGGUCUACUGCCGAAGUGAGAAAAAUGGAUGUAAAGAACAAAUGUGUUUACAGCAGGUCAUGGAGCAUUUGGUAAUUUGUCCAUAUUUCGAGGUGCCGUGUCCUUUGGGAAAGUGUAAGGAGAAGAUGAUGAGGAAAGAUAUGCCCGAGCACCUAAGCCGCAAAUGCAAACACCGAGAGGUCACCUGUGAAUUCUGCAGUCUCAAAAUGGCCCUCACUGAAUUACAGCUGUCAAGUCACCAGCAUGACUGUCCAAAGGCUCAGGUGACCUGUUCCUUCAUUCGCUACGGAUGCUCCUACAAGGGGCUGAAUCAAGAGAUGAGGGAGCAUGAGUCCAGUUUUGCAUCUGAGCAUCUAAGAAUGAUGGCAGUCAGAAACACCACACUAGAAGCCAAGGUUGAAGAUGUGAAGAGUGAGUUGAUGGAGCGUUAUAAAGUUCUGCCGAGUCUCAGCAGUCGUCUUGCUGAGGUGGAGCGUCAGUAUGAGGAGAUGAGAGAAAAGAACAGGCAGCUGGAGCAGAAGCUGGUCAGCAUGCAGAUGUUGAUGAGCUCUCACUCAGAGAAGCUGCUGGAGGUGGAGAUGGAGCUGCGGGAGCUCCGUCCACUGCGGGCCAUGAGGGAGGAGGUGGAGACUCUCAGGGGCUCUGUGGAGAGCAUGCGCUCGAUGGUCUCUUCUCUUGACUCAAGCUGUGUCAAUUCUGCUUCUGGUUCUCAUACCCUGGCCUCCUUAGAGCAGCAGCUCACACGCCAUGAUGACCUGAUGAGCGUUCACGACGUGCGGCUGGCAGAGAUGGAUCUGAAGCUGCAGGUGCUGGAGACGGCCAGCUUCAAUGGUACUCUCAUUUGGAAGAUUCGGGAUUACAAAAGGCGGAAACAGGAAGCUGUGGUCUCCAAAACCCUUUCGCUCUACAGCCAGCCCUUUUACACAGGGUAUUUCGGCUAUAAGAUGUGCGCCCGCGUCUAUCUCAAUGGAGAUGGGAUGGGCAAAGGCACACAUCUCUCGCUCUUCUUCGUGGUCAUGCGUGGUGAAUAUGAUGCCUUGCUACAAUGGCCGUUUAAACAGAAAGUAACAUUAAUGCUAAUGGACCAGGGGCCGGCAAGAAAACACUUAGGCGAUGCCUUUAAACCGGACCCCAGUAGCAGUAGCUUUCGCCGGCCCACUGGCGAAAUGAACAUCGCAUCAGGCUGUCCGCUUUUUGUGGCUCAGACUGUGCUAGAAAAUGGAACCUAUAUCAAAGACGACACCAUCUUUAUAAAAGUGACUGUAGACACUUCAGACCUCCCUGACCCUUGAGUUCAACUUCAGCGGGUCCAACUAAAAUCAAGAGUCACGCAGAGCCCCUUCCAGCCAAGACUUCAGAGGGCGAUGCUGAACAAGGAGCAUCCCACAAGUGUGGGGUUCUAACAGACCAAAUCAGGAGUUUGGGCUCGUGUGAUGGCGUGCUCUUCUGGAAACAACAGUGCCUUGCUGGGCUAGAUGGUUACAGCCUUUAAGAGGAGCACAGAGUAGACGAAAUCUCCCAAGUCAACCACAUCUCAAAUGCAGCGAAGAGUAAGACGUCAACUCUAAUCCAAGAGACAUUCUCGAGGAAAAACAAAAGUGAAUGGUUACUAGAUCAGAUUCCCAACCUCGUUCCUGGAGGCACACCGACAGUACACAUUUUAAACUUGUCUGGCUCUUAAUCUAAUCCGGAAAUGUAAGGAAGAUGGUGUACUUUUAAGUGUGUGUCCAGUAAAAUGGUUGGCACGGUUGAUUAACAUCCAGCCCAAAGUGAAAGGAAGCCGUUAACGUUUGUCAUUGGGUUUGCCUUCAUUGAGUAUGAAUGCAGCUGAGGCUAAUAGUCUUUGUAAAGUCUGGAAGGUAACCCUUUGUGUUUGGUAAUUAUGACAAGAUUUGUGUUUGAUGGUUUUUUGGUGGUUGUGUUUAAUAUGCAAAUCAGUACUUGAGCUGACAUCUGAUGUGUUGUGGUGGUGUGAUGAGAACAGUUGACAUGAAGAGGAGUAUUGUGACUAGGAAGUCUUGUUUCUGUUGGUGGGCGGGCGGUGGAUGUGUUUCUGUGUAGUGGAUAUAAAGGACCUGACUAUGAGCAUUCAUGAAGGACUACAUUGGCACUAAACAGUGAGCCUGUGCUGGUUCCAUUGUCAAAAAAAGCAAAACCUCAGUUUUAAUGCAUGUAAAACCUAUUCUUACUUGACUUAACCUUCCCUGCGUUUACCACUUUGACACAUUAUUUAAUGUAAUGUUCCAAUUAAUAGAUGCUAUGCAUCCAAACCUAUUUUGUGCUUUUUUUUUUUGUAUUUUAUUUUUGAAAACAGUCUGAAAUAAUGCCUUUAUGCUUCCAGCCAUGCUGCCAGAGACACAUACAAUAAUCCAGAUCAUUUUUCAUGGUAGGGAUGGUUUUUGCACAAGUAUUGUUUGAAUGUGUAAUACGUGUAUACAUAUAGCAGUAUAAAAUUGUUCUGUUCUUAUAGAUGUGUCAAACUGAAGUCCUUUUUUAUCAGAAAAUCUUAAAUAGAUCUUCCUAUGCAAGUCAUCUUGCUAUACCUGGCUGCGGAAAUUUUUGUUUUAACAUACUUUUUUGUUAUUUGAACUGUUUUAAAUAACUGACCAACAAUAACCACAUUAAAAUUAAGAUACAAAUUACACCAAAUGAAAAGAGGAUUUUUACAACAAAAAACUGUGCGCCAUGCAUGCCCGUCCACUACACCACUGAUGCAUGUGCACUUUUAUGUCAUUUACAUUUUAUUUGUAUUUAUUGGCUGUAAAUGCUAUCCGUUUAUAUUGUUUUAUACCAAUAAACCUUUCAAAGGGGGC